AUGAGUUCCUCAGAAGACGAUACCCCACUCGUCAAGAUGAACGGUAGAUCCUCUGGUGGUCAAUCGAACGUCAAAACGAACGGCGCAAAGGAAACCAACGGCCAUGUUGACCCUGGAGUCUCCGUUCGAUUUGGACCAGUGCAGCCAGACGGGGACGCUGAUAUGAAGGACACUGAUGGCGUCGCUAGUGCGAGCAAAAGGAAAGCGCGGACUAGCGUUGGUCAAGCAAAAUCAUAUGCGGAGCCGGAAAGUAGUGAGGAGGACGAGCCUCUGAGCAAGCGUCGUCGCACUUCAGUGAAGCACGAAGAUCCAGAGACAGAUGAAGAUGUCCCUCUCGCACUCAACGGAAAGAAACUUCCGAAGGCUUCUGAGACCGCCAUCGGUGACGAAUCCGACUCAGACGUCCCAAUCGAAAGGAAGUUGGCUGCCGAAAAGAAGAAGAUUCAGGUUAAAGGAGAAAAGGAAGAAGCACCAAACCGAAAGACAACCAAGCCUGCCACUACCACCAAGAAACAGACAAACGGGGUCAAGAAGGAGCCCGCCUCGACCAAACAAACCCUGAAGCAGGUGAAGGCAGAACCGAAAUCAGGAAAAUCCACCCCAGCUAAGAAGAAUGGGAAGGCUACUCCGGUAAAGAAGGAGGAAAGCGAAGAAGCCGAGGAGGAAGAAGAAGAAUACAAGUGGUGGGAAGACCCGACCAAAGGUGAUGGAACAAUCAAGUGGAGGACUCUCGAGCACAAUGGUGUCGUUUUUCCUCCACCGUACGAGCCACUUCCUAAGAGCGUCAAGAUGAAAUACAAUGGUGUCCCCGUUGACCUUCACCCCGAUGCGGAAGAAGUUGCGGGCUUCUUCGGCGGUAUGCUAAACUCGACUCAACAUGUGGAAAACCCUACAUUCCAAAAGAACUUCUUCACCGAUUUCAAGGCCAUUUUGAAGAAAACCGGCGGAGCAAAAGAUCAAAAAGGCAACAAGAUCGACAUCAAGGAAUUUUCGAAAUGCGAUUUCCAGCCGAUCUUUCAGUAUUAUGAUACGCAACGCCAAGAGAAAAAGGCUCUACCACCCGCUGAGAAGAAGCGUCUUAAGGCUGAAAGGGAUGAACAGGAGGCUCCAUAUAUGUUCUGCAUGUGGGAUGGUCGCAAACAGAAAGUCGGCAAUUUCCGAGUCGAACCGCCUUCGCUUUUCCGUGGUCGUGGUGAGCACCCAAAGACGGGUCAUGUCAAAUCACGAGUUCAGCCAGAGCAGAUCACCGUAAACAUCGGUAAGGAGGCUCGGGUUCCUCCCCCUCCCGAAGGUCAUAAGUGGAAGGAAGUGAAGCAUGACCAAGAAGGCACGUGGCUCGCUAUGUGGCAGGAAAACAUCAAUGGCAACUACAAGUAUGUCAUGCUUGCCGCUAAUUCCGACGUCAAGGGCCAGAGUGAUUACAAGAAGUUCGAAAAGGCCCGUGAACUUAAGAAACACAUUGCCCGGAUCCGCAAGGACUACCAGAAGAACUUGAAGAAUGAGUUGAUGGUGGAGCGACAGAAGGCUACAGCUGUCUAUCUCAUUGACCAGUUUGCUCUUCGUGCGGGUAACGAGAAAGGUGAAGACGAGGCUGAAACUGUGGGCUGCUGUUCUCUGAAAUACGAGAAUGUCACACUCAAACCUCCGAACAAAGUGGUCUUCGAUUUCCUGGGUAAGGACAGUAUCCGGUUCUAUGACGAGGUAGAAGUCGAUACGCAAGUCUUCAAAAACCUGAAAAUUUUCAAGAAGGCACCCAAGAAGGAUGGUGAUGAGAUCUUUGAUCGCUUAACUACAUCCGCACUGAACAAACAUCUUUCUCAAUACAUGCAAGGCCUAACUGCGAAAGUGUUCCGUACCUACAAUGCAUCUCACACGAUGGCAGAACUGCUCAAAGACAUGCACGCUACUGGUACCAAUGCAGAAAAGGUCAAGGCGUACAAUGAUGCAAAUCGGAAAGUUGCUAUCUUGUGUAAUCACAAGCGAACAGUUGCAGCAUCUCAUGCUAAUCAAAUGGAGAAGAUGAGCGAGCGGAUCAAGGGCCAACGGUAUCAGAUGUGGCGUCUCAAGCAGAUGAUGCUUGAUUUGGAACCAUCCUUAAAGAAGAAGAAGGGUGCCGCAUUUUUCGAGUUGGAUGAAGACAUCGAUAAGGAGUGGAUCAAAGAGCACCAAGCUUUCUUGGUCGAAGAGCAGCGCCAGAAAAUCAAGAAGAAAUUCGAGAAGGAUAACGAAAAACUUGCUGCGGAAGGAGAGAAAGAGAUGAAGGCGAGCGAACUCGAAAGCCGAUUGGAGGUCGCCAAGGACUUGGAAAAGAAGUACAACAAAGAGAACAAAUCUGGCAAGGUGGAGGCUGAAGGACGGGGCCCAACCGUCGAGAAAAUGGAGACUGCCAUCACCAAAAUCCAAAACCGUGUCGAAAACAUGGAGCUCCAAGCUCAAGAUAAGGAAGACAACAAGGAGGUGGCACUGGGCACUUCGAAAAUAAACUACAUCGACCCUCGGCUCACGGUCGUUUUCAGCAAGAAAUUCAACGUCCCAAUGGAGAAAUUCUUCUCGAAGUCUCUGCGAGAAAAAUUCGAGUGGGCCAUCAAGUCCGUCGAUGAGAACUGGGAGUUCUAA